AUGAAGCGAACAAUCGAUAUGAUGAUCCGGCACCACCGAGAGAAGAACGUCUCAAGGCACAAACGAGAUUCUAGCCUCUCCAGCAUCAGCGGAGACUGGGCGAGUAUCACGGAGGAGCAGUCCACGGGCGAGCAAUCAGCAUCUGAUCAGAGCCGAAGAAUGAGUAUCGUGGCGGAAAUGGCCAUAUUAGCAUCUUCUUCUCCAGAAAUCAAAGCUUUGAGUCUCCGACGAGGGUCCAGUAUGCUUCCUUCUCCUAGUUCGUCCGUUGCAUCGAGCACUGUUGCGAACCUCUCGGCCACUUCCUUUGCAGAAGAAUACAAGUGCCAGGAGGAUAUGGAUAGUGAAACUACCAAGUCUGUCCUCGGGGAACAAUUGGCUGCUUUGGCGUUUGAAAACCUCCGCAUUGAACCCCCUCCAUGCCCAAGAAGGGAGGAGGUUAGCGACAUUGCCAAGAUUAUCAACGUGGACAACAACAAGGAGAACUCUCUACAUCAGGACACGAGAUGCCGUGUGCCCCCAGGAACGGAAAGCAGCACAAUUGGACCCGCACAAAGAUCAAGAAGGACAUCAGCAGGUUCCGCAACUAGGGUAUCUCAUCGAGACAGCUUUGGCAGUUGUGGCACCAGGCUAUCUCAUCGAGACAGCUUCGGCAGUUGUGGCAGCACGAGGCCACCAAAACAUCCAGCGCCCUCAAAUGCAUCAACGCCCAAGUCACCACAGCAUCGAAGGCCAAGUAUGCAUCGACGAGUAUCCUUUGAUUCGCUUCCUUCACCAUCUGAAAUUGGAGGGUCCAUUCCUGCCCUACUCUACAGCUCUGCGUCCGACCGCAGCAUCUUUUCAACGCCCUCGCCGCCUCCCUCCUCGGACAGACCAAGUCCACACUGUAAAUCGUCUUCGUCAGAAAGAAGUAAUCCUCGGGCUCACCACCGAAAGAGUGCAAGCAUGCUGGGUGUUCCUCGAAGUCUAAAGUUCAACUCGAUGGACAGACAAGUCAAGUUGGGAAAAGACGCCAGCUUGUCAAAGAUGUACAACUCAUGA